AUGGCGCAUAACUUGUACGUGGUUCCGGAUGAUGCUUCGGCGAUUGUGACGGUGAAGAAGAAGACGCCUCAAUCGUCGCGGAAUUGGGUUUCAAUAGACGCGACGGGACAGAGUACGGCGCUCGACGCCGAUAAGUAUUUUAUCAUGCACCGUGUCCAGAUCCACGCUCGCGAUCUCCGUAUUCUCGACCCCAAUCUGUCUUACCCUUCCACUAUUCUUGGCCGAGAGAGAGCCAUUGUCCUCAAUUUGGAGCAUAUCAAGGCGAUAAUCACUUCCGAAGAGGUAUUGCUUCGGGAUCCAUUGGAUGAGAAUGUGAUUCCGGUUGUGGAGGAGCUUCAGAGACGCUUACCAGUUGGAAACGAAGGAAGCAAUGGUCAAGGAGAUGGAAAAGAGAGCUCUGGUGGUGGACAAAACGACGGUGAUACUGGUGAAGAAGAUGAAUUCCCAUUCGAAUUUCGGGCGCUGGAAGUUGCUUUGGAGGCAAUCUGUAGCUUCUUAGCUGCAAGAACAACAGAGUUGGAAACUGCUGCUUAUCCUGCUUUGGACGAGCUUACCUCAAAGAUUAGUAGCCGUAAUUUGGAUAGGGUUCGGAAGUUGAAGAGUGCCAUGACUCGGUUAACGGCUCGGGUUCAAAAGGUAAGAGAUGAGCUUGAACAGUUACUGGAUGAUGACGAUGAUAUGGCGGAUCUUUACCUUUCAAGGAAACUUUCUAGCGCUUCCACACCGUCUAGCAGUCCUGGUGAACCAAAUUGGUACACUUCUUCUCCGACUAUUGGCUCUAAGAUCUCUAGAGCAAGUAGAGCGAGUUUAGCCACCGUUCGUGGUGAUGAAAAUGAUGUUGAAGAACUUGAAAUGUUGCUUGAGGCAUACUUCAUGCAAAUCGACAGCACUUUGAACAGAUUAACAACGCUGCGUGAGUAUAUCGAUGACACAGAGGAUUACAUUAACAUCCAGCUAGACAAUCAUCGUAAUCAGCUGAUCCAGCUGGAGCUUAAGUUGAGUUCUGGAACCGUUUGCUCAUCGAUUUAUUCUCUUGUCGCGGGGAUUUUCGGGAUGAACAUUCCAUACACAUGGAAUGACCACCAUGGAUACAUGUUCAAAUACGUCGUGAUUUGUACGGGGACACUUUGUGCUAUCGUGUUCGUGUUCAUUAUGUCGUUCGCUCGGUACAAAGGGCUUGUGGGAUCUUGA